GUUCAGGAUAUUAAAGAGUUGCAACGAUUACUAAGAGAAGCUGAGGAUCGUGCUGCGGAGAACGAACGCCGACGCGAAGAAGAGCAACGCCGACGCGAAGAUGCCGAAGAACUUGCGAGAUCGUCGCAGCCACAAACCCUUCUACAAUAUCUCGAGGAUUGCCACUCGCUCUAUCUCGCUGUUCAGGUAGUCACCGAACGCUCUUUGACUACACAAGGCGACACUACCAAUCCGACCGGCCGAAUCUUUCCUCGACGCGUCAUUCCGUGGGACGACUUUCCCGCGAAACAAGAGGAGGUCUGGGACGCCCUCUCGCUCAGCAAAUCAUUCUCCUCUAAUCCCGCAUUCCCCUCCCAACACCAGCUGGAAUACGUGAAGUCGUUACUCAAGCCCAUUAGCAGCGAGCUUGGGCUCCGAGACUUUGAACGCGAUGCUGUGGAAAAUGCGGUCCAAAAGUUGGUUGAUGGAGCAUAUAGAGAUCCCCUCCUCCGACGCGCUCUCGGCCUCCAGGGGGCCGUGACCUUCGAGAGCCAUACAAACCUCGGCAACGACGACACCAUAUCCAACUCCAUGGAACAUAUGUCGCUCGGCAGUGAUGAUGCCCGUGCGACGGCUUCGACGUCAGCGCCGAGGCCGUCUACCAAGGCCCGUCGCAAGGCGAAAGGGAAGGGUAAUCGGGCGGACCAGUUCUGUAUCUACAGGACCUCGGAUAGCCAGAACGUCCCGGCCAUUGCUAUCGAAUACAAGGCGCCGCAUAAGCUGAGCAUUGACGAGGUCGUCACGGGCCUGGAGUCGCAAAUCAUGCCAGAACAUGAUGUGAUCAAUAAGAAUGGCGAUGGUUUUGCUUUUUCGGCCAGACGGCUCGCCACCGCCGUCGUCACCCAACUCUUCUCUUACAUGAUUGGUAAAAGCAUCCAAUACGGGUACGUGUGCACUGGGCAGGCCUUUGUUUUCCUGUAUAUCCCGGAUGAUCCUUCUACUGUCUAUUACUCGGUAUGCGUACCGCACCUGGACGUGUUGGAUGACGACGAAACCAGGCUUCAUCGCACGGCAGUCGCGCAAGUCUUCGCGUUCAUUCUCCAGGCUCUCUGCGCAGACCCCCCGCCCCAGUCAUGGCAUGACGAGGCCGAGAAACUGGAUACCUGGGCUGUCGAGUACGAAGACAUUCUGAGAGAUAUACCUGUGACGGAUCGUAAACCGAAAGAACCUCGUGCCUCUCCUUAUAAACCUCAGCGUUGGAAGGGCUUUGAACGGUCGCCGAUUCGAACACGCUCUCGCUGCGUGCCGCCGGACUCAAAACCUGGACCUUCAGACGAUGACGAAGACCCUCCGUCCCCUUCUCCGAAUCCAGGUGGUGGCAAAGUGGUAUCGCGGGCAGCGACAGGUGGGACGAAUGGCGGGAAACGCCAACGCAGAGGCGGAAGACAGGAUGGUCAAGCGACAAACCCGAACGUACGAAAUCGGUCAUUCUGCACUCAAAAGUGCCUUCUUGGAUUAGCAUUUGGCGGGCCCAUGGACGAGACGUGCCCAAAUUCAGCUGAUCACGGCAAGCGGCACGUAGACCGGCUCAGGUUCCUUCAUCUCCUCCAAGAACAGCUUGCCAGGGACCGCGACCGCGAUGCAGAUUGUGCGCCAUUGGAUCGGUACGGGGCGCGUGGAUCACUCUUCAAAGCGCGACUGUCGACGCAUGGUUACACAUUUGUUGCCAAAGGGAUGGAUAGUCGCCACCGUGACUACCUGAAGCACGAGAGUGUUAUAUACAGCCGACUCCGGGCAAUCCAAGGGAAGCAUAUUCCAGUCUGUCUCGGUACGAUAGACCUACGCCGGCCAUGGCAUUACAACGACAGAGUCAACAUGCAUUUUCUGCUCCUCAGUUGGGCUGGUCAGCCCUUGUUCGACUUCAGUGACCAGGUUGACAAAGUAACCGUCGCUAAAGGGGUUACCGCAAUAUUCACGGCCAUGCACAAUCUCAAUGUCAUCCAUCUUGAUGCGGAGCCACGCAACAUUUUGUACGAUGGAAACGGCAAUUUCAUGGUUGUGGAUCUCGAACGUGCGGAGUUUCGCGGUCGGCAGCCUCUCAGUCAAGUCAGCCCAAACAGCCCGAACCGGAAGAGGAAACGUGGGAUCUCACAGAAGGUAGAGACGGAUGAUUUUAUGAAAGAGCUCAGGUCUGCCGUGGAAAAGGCUUCGUCGUGUAUUACUGGCCCGCCAAACGUA